GAUCCAUUCCAUCAAAAUAGAGGCCCAACAACUUCUUUCCCAAACUAUGUGAACUCAGUUUUCUCUUCCCAAACAUUUAAACUCCAGCCUUUUGACGUCCAAAAUUACUCCCAUCAAGCUUUAUUCACACUUGUUCAGAGCUUUAGGGAAAAAUAUGGCGUCCAUUCCAUCCAUUAGCCUUGGCACACAAGGCCUCCAGGUUUCUCAACUUGGUUUGGGAUGUAUGGGGCUGUCAGCCUUUUAUGGUGCACCCACUGCUGAGGAAGAUGGUAUUGCUUUAAUUGAGCAUGCUUUUAACAAAGGCAUCACUUUCUUCGAUACUGCAGACAUGUAUGGACCUUUCACAAAUGAGGUCUUGGUUGGUAAGGCCCUGAAAAGAUUGCCUCGGGAGAAAGUUCAACUUGCUACAAAGUUUGGCAAUGUCUUUAUAGAUGGUGUUAUAAAAGUUAAAGGUUCACCAGACUAUGUCCGAAAAGCUUGUGAGGACAGUCUUAAGCGUCUUGAUGUAGAGUAUAUUGAUCUUUAUUACCAGCAUCGGGUGGACACUACAGUUCCAAUAGAAGAAACUGUAGGGGAACUCAAGAAACUAGUAGAAGAAGGAAAGAUCAAAUAUAUUGGGCUCUCUGAAGCUAGUGUGGACACUAUUAGACGAGCUUAUGCAGUGCAUCCCAUAACAGCUGUUCAACUUGAAUGGUCUUUGUGGACACGUGACGUAGAGAGUGAAAUAAUUCCUACUUGCAGGGAGUUGGGUAUUGGGAUUGUACCAUACAGUCCACUUGGUCGUGGUUUUUUCGCUGGAAAAGCAAUUGUUGAAAGCUUACAAGAGGGUGACAGCCGAUUGAUCCGGAUACCUCGGUUUCAUGGAGAGAACUUGGAGAAGAAUAAAGUAUUAUAUGAAAGAGUUUCUGCACUUGCUCAGAAACAUGGUUGCACACCCGCACAAUUGGCCCUUGCAUGGAUACUUCACCAAGGAAAAGAUGUUGCACCCAUACCAGGAACAACCAAAAUAAAGAACUUGGAUGAAAACAUUGGUUCCUUAAAAGUUAAGCUAUCACAGCAAGAGCUGAACGAGAUUGCUUCAGCUGUACCAGAACAUGAAGUUGCAGGUUUGAGGUAUGGUGAAGGUCCUUAUCAAGCAACGUGGCAAUUUGCAAACACUCCUCUGCCAAAACAUUAGUUGCUUUGGUGUUGUGUCGUUUACCCUUAGUGUGAACCUUGAACUGAAAAGAAAUUAUGUCUUCUUUUCACUCUGAUUAAACUGUCAAUGCCUCCCAGCGGUUUCUCAGAUCUCAGAGUGUUUUACCUAGGCCCUCUUUUCAGCUUCUCGGACUCGUUUUAACCCUAACGCUUUUAUAUUGCAACUGGAUGUAUUGAUCAGUCCCAUUAGCUUACUUUGAUCGCUACUUGACCUUUUACAAUUUCUUGUAUAGUAAAUUCUAUUUAAAGAGAUUUGAACUCAUUAUCUUA